AUGCGCGUGCAGGUGCGCAAUCCGGUGUCGCCGUUCAACCGCUACCUGGUGGCGCUGUACCGCUGCGAGGAGGGCCACGCGCUGCGCCAGCCGCGCCACGACCGCCUCUUCUGCUCGCGCCAGCGCUGGCUGGGCGACCCGCCGGACUGCCAGCCCGUCGCUGCCGCCACCGCCACGCCCGACGUCGAGGCUGCGGCUGCCGUCGCGACCACCAGGGCCGCAGACGCCACCACCACCAGCACCACCACCACCAGCACCACAGUCGCCGCCACCAUCACCACAGCCGGUCUUCCUGCGGGCGGCGAGCCUUCCUCAGCGCCACCAGAGGACGCCUGCGGCCCGGACCGCGGCGGCUGCGAGCACGUGUGUACCGACGUGGAGGGACGCGCCGUCUGCUCCUGCUACCGCGGCUUCCUGCUCUCCGAUGGCGCCUGCACCGACGUGGACGAAUGCAUCGCGGACAAUGGCGGGUGCGAGCAGCAGUGUGUGAACACUGCCGGCUCCUACAGCUGCGCCUGCAAGGAGGGUUUGCGACUCGCCGCCGACGGCAAGCACUGCCUCGACGUGAACGAGUGCCUGCUGCGGAACGGGCACGGGCCGUGCCAGGACCGGUGCGAGAACGAGUGGGGCGGCUACCGGUGCUCGUGCGAGGGCCUGCCCGGCACGCGGCUCGCCGCCGACGGCCACACGUGCGAAGACGUGGACGAGUGCGCCGACGGCUCGGCCGGCUGCUCGCACGGCUGCCUCAACACGCUGGGCAGCGCCUUCUGCCUCUGCCCGCCCGGCUUCAUCCUCGGCUCCGACUGGAAGACCUGCCAGGACAUCGACGAGUGCGCGGAGGGCGGCGACGCGGGCUGCCUGCACGGCUGCCACAACUUCCCCGGCGGCUUCCGCUGCGCCUGCCCGACCGGCUACCAGCCCGCCGAGGGCGCCACUGCGCAGCCGCAGGACAGCGACGUCGCCGCCGACGACCAGCAGCGCUGCGUCGACGUCGACGAGUGCGCCGCCGACAGCGCCGAGGUAGACGGCGGGUCGUGCUCGCACGAGUGCAGCAACAGCGAGGGCAGCUUCUCGUGCUCGUGCCCGGCCGGCUUCGUGCUCGGCUCGGACGAGCGCACCUGCCGUGACGUGGACGAGUGCGAGUCCGGGGAGGCGCGCUGCGCGCAGGACUGCCUCAACACCAUCGGCAGCUUCAGCUGCGACUGCGCCGACGGCUUCCGGCUGGCCGACGACCAGCGCUCCUGCAGGGACGUCGACGAGUGCUCCGCUGACGAGGAUGUCUUCCCCGGAGAGACGCGCUGCUCCCACCGCUGCGUCAACACGGAAGGCUCUUUCAGCUGCCAUUGCCCUGCAGGGUUCGCUCUCGGAGAAGACUCCAGAACGUGUAAUGACCUCGACGAGUGCCUCGGUGAGCACAACUGUUCCCACGAGUGUAUCAACGAAGAAGGUAGCUAUAGAUGUGGAUGUCCCGACGGACAGCUGCUCAAAAGGGAUCGUAGAACAUGUGAACUGGAGGAAAACUGUUUCAGUAAGAUGGACGAUGGCUCUGGCAGACUGUGUACGCAAGAGUGUGUGGGGGACGGCGGGGAUAUUAUCUGCAAGUGUCCACCUGGAUACGUUCUUUCAGACGGUGAAAGCAGGUGUGAUGACGUAGAUGAGUGUGCGGGCGAGGCGAAAGACGUUUGUUCCCACAACUGCACCAACAUUCCAGGAGGUUUCGUGUGUAUUUGUCCAGAAGGAUAUAUCUUGUCAAAGGACCACAGAACGUGCGUAGAUGACGAUGAAUGUGACAGCAACGAAACGGAGCUAGGUUGUUCUCACGGCUGUGUCAACACCGAAGGCAGUUUCCGAUGCACGUGUCCGGCUGGUUUCGUGCUGGACAGCGAUUUGUUGAACUGUAAGGACAUAGACGAGUGCUCCGAGUUCGAACGCAAUGAAAAUGCCUCUAGAUGCUCCCACGCGUGUGUUAACGAUCCUGGCAGCUUCCACUGCACUUGUCCUCCGGGCCUGAUACUCGGCGGCGACUUAUUGUCUUGCAAGGACAUAGACGAAUGCAUGGAUCUCGAGGGCAGUGGGGCAGGAGUUGUCUGCGAACACGGCUGCGUUAACGAGCACGGCAGCUUCAGGUGCACGUGUUUUAAAGGAUUCGCACUUGCUGAUGACAAACGGAGUUGCGAAGACGUAGACGAGUGCGCAGAAGGCAAUGCUCACGGUUGCUCUCAUAUUUGUGCUAAUACCGCUGGGAGCUACCAGUGCAAGUGUCCAGCAGGGUACUACGUGGGCGACGACAACAAAACAUGCGAGGAUAUUGACGAAUGUAAUGAAGAGAGCGGGGAAAUUGUCUGCUUACACUCGUGUAUUAAUUUGCCUGGGAGCUACAAGUGUUCGUGCCCAAUGGGGUACCACCUUCAACGUGACACGGGAGUCUGCGAAGAUAUAGACGAGUGCGAGGCGUACAAGAAAAUAGGAGCAGACGAUGGUUGCAGCCACGACUGUAAGAAUGUGCCAGGGUCCUAUAAGUGCGAAUGUCCAGCCGGAUUUACCCUGUCUCGCAAUCUACGCACUUGCGAAGACAUUGAUGAAUGCAACAACUUCAUAAAUAAUCCCUGCUCCCACGAGUGCAAAAAUUUGCCCGGAAGUUUCUUAUGCUUGUGUCCAGAAGGGUACAAUCUUAAAAGCGAUCUUAUAACAUGCGAGGAUAUAGAUGAGUGUAUCGCGAAAGACGAGAAUGGGACGUCGUUCGUAGAUUGUUCACACGGCUGCGUCAACGAACCGGGGACGUAUCGUUGUACAUGUCCAGAUGGUUUCGAACUGGAUGACGACGAAGAAACUUGCGUAGACAUCGACGAAUGCGAUUAUGAUUUUCCAGUGUGUACAUGUAAUGAAGAGAGCAGCGAAGUUAACUGCUUAAGUUCGUGUGUUAACAUACCUGGGAGUUACAUGUGUUCGUGUCCUUACGGGUACCACCUACAACGCGACACGGGAACCUGUGAAGAUAUAGACGAAUGCGCAGCGUAUAAGAAAAUAGGAGCAGACGAUGGUUGCAGCCACGACUGUAAGAAUGUGCCUGGCUCCUAUAAGUGCGAUUGUCCCGCCGGACUUAAACUGUCUCGCAAUCGACGCACAUGUGAAGACAUAGACGAAUGCAACAACGGAAAUAAUCCCUGUUCCCACGAGUGCGAAAACUUGCAGGGAAGCUACUUAUGCGUGUGUCCGGAAGGGUACACCCUUAAAAGCGAUCGUAGAACUUGCGAAGACAUAGACGAGUGUAUCGCGAAGGACGAGAAUGGGACGUCGUUCGUAGACUGUUCACACGGCUGCGUCAAUGAACCUGGGGGAUAUCGUUGUACGUGUCCAGACGGCUUUGAAUUGGAUGACGAUGAAGAGACCUGCAUAGACAUCGAUGAAUGCCAUCGUAAUAUUUCAGGGUGUACACAUGACUGCAGAAAUCUGCCUGGGAGUUUCAAGUGUGACUGUGCUCCGGGAUUCUUUCUGUUGAACGAUCAAAAAUCUUGCGAUAAUUUUGACGAAUGUGCUUUGAAUGACGAAGGUCAUUCAUAUGCUGGUUGUUCUCAUAACUGUACCAAUCUGGCAAACAGCUUCUUUUGUAGCUGCCCUGAGGGAUACGUCCUUAAUAAACAUGACUCAAGGACGUGUAUUGAUUCUGAUAUUUGUCGAACCAACGAAAACAAAACUUUGUGUUCGCACUUAUGCGUAAGUCUUGACGGGAGCUAUAAGUGUGCUUGUCCUGAAGGGAUGGUUUUGGACAGUGAUCAAAGCACGUGCAUCGACGAGAAAGAAUGUGCUGUGCCGGGCGACGAACUGGACGAGGGCUACGAACGAUGCUGGAGGCAGUGCGGCGAUUCAGAGGGCCAGCUGGUGCACUGCGAGUGCAGCGACGGCUACCGGUGGGACGGCGAGGUGCGGCAGUGCACGGACGUGGACGAGUGCGCGCCGGGCGGCGUGGGCAGGCAGCGCUGCUCCCACGAGUGCGUGAACCGGCCGGGCGGCUACGCGUGCCGCUGCCCCGCAGGCCUGCAGCUGACGCACGACGGUCACGCGUGCCUCCCCACGGGCUGCCUGCACCACAACGGCGGCUGCUCGCACCUCUGCGCCGACACCGACCUCGGGGUGCAGUGCUACUGUCCGCCGGGCUACCGCCUGCUCGAGGACGACCACAAGACCUGCGUCGAGGUGGACGAGUGCCUGGUGAACAACGGCGGCUGCUCUCACGAGUGCCGGAGUACCCUGUCCGGAGUGGAGUGCUCCUGUCCAGACGGAUACGAACUGCGGACUCCGACCACGUGCCACGACGUAGACGAGUGCGCCCUGGACGACGAGGAGGAGGAUGACGACGACGACGAUGACGACGACGACGAAUACGUUGGCGGUGGCUGUUCCCAAUUAUGUGUCAAUACGGAAGGCAGCUACCGCUGCGAGUGUCUCCCAGGCUACCGGCUGUCGGAACAGAAUGGACGAGAAUGCCGCGACGUCGACGAAUGUGCGCACGGGAACUCCUCGAAAGGUGGCGGGCCUCCGUGCUCCCACGGAUGCGUCAACACGGAAGGCAGCUACCGGUGCGAGUGUCCGGAGGGAUUCCAACUCGACGGAGGCAGGCACAACUGCAUCGACGUCGACGAGUGUGAGAGCGACGAGAGGGGGAACUGCAGUUACUUCUGCGUCAACACUGCGGGCAGCUACCGCUGCGAGUGCCCCGACGCCUGGACUCUUUCGUCGGACGGCCAGACCUGCCUGAGGGCUUCCAGAACGUGCGCCGUGCGUAACGGCGGCUGCUCGCACUACUGCGUGGACAUCGGCGGCGGCGUGCGCUGCGAGUGUCCCGAGGGCUUCGCGCUCUCGGACGGAGGCCGGCAGUGCAACGACGUGGACGAGUGCGCGCCCGGCGGCGUCGGCGGCGGCUGCUCGCACCGCUGCGUCAACACGGUGGGCAGCUUCCGGUGCGAGUGCCCCGGCGGGGGACAGCUUGCGGCCGACGGGCGCACCUGCGCGGGACCGUGCCACAGCCUGGCCGAGCCCUGCUCGCACGCCUGCGAGGUGGUGGGCGGCGCAGCGCGCUGCACCUGCCCCGACGGCUACGUGCUCGCCGGCGACGGCCGCUCCUGCGACCUCAACGAGUGCCUCUCGCCGGGCCGCACCGGCUGCUCGCACGGCUGCAUCAACACCGACGGCGGCUUCCGCUGCGAGUGUCCCGCCGGCUUCGUACUCGGGUCUGACGGUCGCACUUGCGAAGAUGUGGAUGAGUGCCUGUCCUCGAAUCACGGGUGCCAGCAGCUGUGCGUCAACACUCUGGGGUCCUUCACCUGUGCUUGCAAGACCGGCUUCCGGCAACGUGGAGACGCCUGUGUUGACGUGGACGAGUGCGAGAUCAACAACGGUGGGUGCAGCUACUUGUGUGUGAAUUCUCCGGGUUCCUUCCACUGCGUCUGCCCCAAGGGCUUCAGACCUAGUGCUAGGAACCGGACGGUGUGUGAAGACGUCAACGAGUGUACGGAGAGGAACGGCGGCUGCAACAUGGACUGCGUCAACACGCCGGGCAGCUUCCUGUGUGUCUGCAGCGACGACUUCGUGCUGGACACCGACGCAAGGACCUGUCGUGAGGCGGUGUGCGGCCCUCCGCCGGCGCCCCUGGGCGGCGAGGUGCGGUGUCCGGGGCUGCCCAGCGGUCCGGGCGCUCGCUACGCGGCGGGCGCCGAGUGCCACGUGCGCUGCGGGCCAGGCUACCGACACCUGGGCACCAGCGUGCUGCGCUGCGCGCCCGCCGGCGUCUGGGAAGGCGCGCAGCCCACCUGCGUGCGGGAGCUCAGGGCUUCUGACGCACCAGCACCUUUCAUUCAGUGCCAAAAUGACGUCAGAAUUGACUUACCUCCAAAUGAGAGCUCUGUCCGUGUUCGUAUUCAACAGCCGAAAUCUAACAUGGACUGGUGGAGGUACAUUGAUUCUGUGCCUCCUUGGGGCAAGCAGCUGGAGACGCAGCUGGGUCCUGGCACCUCAGAGGUAACGUUCAUCGCCAGAAAUCCAAUGGACAACACGACAGCGAGCUGCACCGUCAAGAUACACGUCCAAGACUUGGAGAGCCCAGUAGUGAGGACCUGUCCCCAGUCUUUCGAUGUAUUUCUGCGGCCUGGAGAGCUAUACAGGGCUGUUUCAUGGGUAGAACCGGAAUUUGAAGACAACGUCGGAAUUGAAAACAUAUAUAGAUCUAAGAGUUCAGGAGAGAAGUUCUCAAAGGGCUUACAUCAAAUUAAUUACGUGGCAACGGAUGCUGCUGGAAACAAAGCCAAGUGUCACUUCUCCAUACAUGUGAAAGGUGACGAGAUCAAUAAACCAACUCACAGAUUACGUCCACCGUACAAAAAGACGGUGAUAUGUCCCGGGAAGACGACAACUAAGAAAAUAUAUACAAUUCAUUAUCCCUGGCAGGUGCCUGCCGGCUGCUUCCUGCGCCGCACACGUGUCGUGGCCAGCACGUUCACCGUGCACACGAGGGUGCCCGCCGUCGCUACCCGCUCUGACGAUACAGAGCGCCGCAUCCGGCACCAGUCGGCGGGCGACAGGCGGCACUCGCACGCGUGGCAGCCGUGGGGCGGCGCGCUGGCGCCGCGAGAGGUGCCCGCCGGCCGCGGCUGCUGCUGA